UGAUGUUCGGUCUAGGAACAUGUACUGUCAUGUUCCUCCUCGCCUGGACUGAGUCCAAUUUGGAUCCUUCAAUGGUUUUAUCACAAAAAAAAAAACAGCAGAGGAGGGAGGUUCUUAUUUUUGGGAGGAUAUAAAGAGGGGCAUUUUCUGUCAUCACACAGCACACAUGGCGUGGUGCUGGCCUUCAUGCUUUAGACGUAGUCCUCCAGGUCUGAAUGGUGAGCAGAGUGGCUCUCCUCUGUCUUUACAGAGCCAGGAACUUUGCUCUGCUGUGCCUCAGACUCUGCCUGGGAUGUCUGAAGGAGAUGUGACAGUGCUCCCAUUUGGCUCUGUGUCUCUGGACCUGUCGAACCAGGAGCAGCGUGCGGUGACCAGGCUCUACUGUGGGAAUGGAGGUUAUCACCUAAGGAUUUUAUCAGAUGGAACAGUGAAUGGAGGGAGGCAGGAAAAUGACACAUAUGACAUCCUGAGGCUGAAGGCGGUGAGUGUGGGAGUUGUGGUCAUCAAAGGGGAGAUGACGGGAAGGUACCUGGCCAUGGACAAAAACGGAGACCUCUAUGGUUCACAAACAGUGAAUGAUGAGUGUUACUUUUUCGAACAAUAUGAAGAGAACCACUACAACACAUAUCGCUCCCAGAAAUACAGCUGGUAUGUCGCUUUAAAGAAGAACGGCCAACCUAAAAGGGGACCGGACACCCAUCGGGGUCAGGACGCCAUUUUGUUCCUGCCGAGACCUGCAGGCAAUGUAUAAACUGAGAUGAACCACGGAAAAAUACAGAGAUGUUUUUAGUUCAUCUAAUUUUCAGCUAUGUUAUCCUAGACUAAGUAUAGUAAAACCUGAGAUAAACAGAUAAAGCUGCUUGAGUGGUUCAUUCAACAUAACAACCAGAAUGUACUUCUAAAUGUACACAUAUGAGCUGAUAUUAAAAUAUUAUCUGCUUUAUGAGUA